AUUAAUCGUACUACUUUUCCUGGUCAGGCCAUUGUUAGCGACUGCGACUGCGACUGCGCCCAUCUGAGAUCCCAAUCACCCAAGUCGACGCGACUGUUGACUUACCUCUUCUACCUCCACCACAACUGUCGCGGCAUCGAGCGAUACGACUGCGCGGCUUUCUCGACUUCCAUCUUCUCGAGUUGAUUCUUUACGACAACGCAACCAAGACAAUCGGCCUCGCGCUACUUCACGAUACAAUGUUCUCUUCCUCGAAACCCUACACGGCUGUCACGGUCGACAUCGAACGACUGACGAGUGAAACAUACGCCGAAGACGAUCUUAGCGGUAUUCCCGAGCUUAUCGAAGCCAUCAACCUCCAGGCUUCCGGUCCGACUGAGGCAGCCCGUGCCAUUCGCAAGAAACUCAAAUAUGGAAACCUGCAUCGCCAGCUCCGAGCCCUGACAAUCCUCGAUGCUCUGAUCCAGAAUGCCGGUGCCCGCUUCCAGCGCUCCUUUGCAGAUGAACCCCUCCUUGAGCGCUUGCGCUUCUGUGGUACCGCCGAGCUUUCGGACCCCUUGGUGAAGAAGAAGUGCACCGAAAUGUUUCGAAGCUGGACUGCCUACAAGAGUACUCCUGGUAUGGAGCGCGUCGCGAACCUCUACAAGGAACUUCCCCGGCGCAAGCAGGUCGUCACCCAGGAGAGGUCCAAGGUACUUAAGGAGACCGAGAACCCUUUUGGCGAGGACGAGGAGGAGGAACGCCAAGCAUCGGCAAGCACCUCAACUGCCCAGGCCAGCUCAUCAACCGCACAACCAUCUUCCUCGUCAUCGCGUCGGCCGACGGUGUCCAGUUCCAGUGGCCAUGCUCAUUCCUCCAGUCGAUCCGCUAAGGACAAGUCGAAGAAGAGCAGCAGCAAAUCCAAGAAGCACAGGCCGUUCAACCUCGAAGCCGAGAAGGACCAGAUGACUAGGACUAUCGCCGAGGCGUCCAUUGCCUCCACGAACCUGAUGAACACCCUGCAAUCCAUUAACAGAGAGAAGGAGCGCAUUUCGGAGAACUCAACUGCAGUGGAGCGUUUCGAGAAGUGCAAAAAGCUUCGAAGAAAUAUCUUGAGAUAUAUCCAACACGUCGAAUCCGAACAGUGGCUAGGUGGCCUUCUACACGCCAACGAUGAACUCGUCCAAGCGCUCAUGACUUUUGAGCAGCUGGACCGCUCUAUUGACGCGGACAGCGACUCGGACGAUGAUCUCGCUGAGCAAGCACAUCUUUAUCGUAUGGCAACCGAAAAAGCCGCCAAAGCCAAAGAAUCCGGUGGCAGCGUACCCAGCAGUCCGCGCGCGCCGGCUGCGGGCAUGGCCGGUCUCAGCAUCACCAACACCCCCGCGAGUCCACCACCGAUGCCUCCUCGCCCUGCUCCCCCUCCACGACCGUCUGCGGCUUCGAAGCCGUCAAUGCUGAAGCCGCCUACAAGACGUGUAGAGCCAUCCGAUGACGAGGAUAGCGACGCCGACGAGGACGAGAACGAUCCGUUUGCUGACCGGAAUGCUGUCUCGACCCCUAAGGUGGAGAGUGACGAGCCUAAGUGGUCGUAGGUGGGAUGAACUGGAUAGUAUGGUGGGGAUGAAAUGAUGAUGAUACGAUGUGCAUACGUUUUGAGUUUUAACUUCUUUACUGGAUAGCGAUUUUGUCUGUCUAGGUAACAUUUCUAACGACAGCGAGGGACGAUGGUUUUGGCAUGAGGGUAGAUCGAGCAAAGAAAGCGGAACACUCCGCAGCAUGAUUCUGAGUUGUUUUACCAUGUUUAGCGGUGGAUGGA